ACACACUGGGUGGAGUUAUCAAACAUGUUUACAUAUUUUUUGGACCAGCAUAUUUGAAGAACUUUUUUCAAUUCAAUCUUUAGUUAUUUAGUAAGUCAUUGAGAUGAGACAAGCCAGUUGAAUUUGGUUAUAGAUAUGUUAAAAUAGUACUUAUAAGAUCGGAAUAAGUGGUUACUUUUUAACGAGAACGCAAACAAACCAAAUAGUAGAAAUGCCGCCGCAGAAAUAUACACACGCUAUUGUAGCAAGAAUUUCAGAAUCGCUGAAGCAAUCGGGUGAAUUCAAUUAUAAUUUAGCAAAAAAACAGCAUCAAGAAUUUUGUUCAUUGCUGAGGGAGGUUGGAUUAGAUGUGAUAGAGCUACCACCAGAUGAAACCUUGCCGGAGGGAGUUUUUGUGGAAAAUGCAGCGAUCAUAUGCAAUGGAGUAGCGCUCAUUAGCAAGUCAGACAAUUUUUUGCGGCAAAGAGAGGCUGACAGUAUGGAAAUAAUUUUGAAAAAAGAACUCGACGUACCCGUUGUUAACCCCAACAUUCGAAAUGCUUUGCUAGACGGUGGCGAUGUUUUGUUUACUGGACGUGAGUUUUUUGUGGGCAUAUCCAGCUACACGAACGAAGAUGGCGCAAAAGCUGUAGCGGUAGCUUUCCCAGAAUAUCCUGUAACGCCUAUUAAGGUUAGUGGAAACAUGCGCUUAAAGUAUUAUGUAACAAUGGCUGGUCCAGAUGUUUUUUCUGUUAGCAGUAGUAACUACUGUCAAGAAAUUGUCAAACGUAUGGAAAGAGAUGCCAGUUUUAAAUACCAAAAAAUCACUCUACCGGAGGAGCAUGCUGCCAAUAUGCUUUAUAUUAACGGCACUCUUAUACAUCGUUCGCCUUUAGAAAUUCCAGCAUCCUACAAGGUUAUAAAGGAGAAAAUUGACACGCCUAGUCGUAACAUAGAUGUUAGCGAAUUCGCACAAUUCUCUAAUGGACUCACUUCGGCAUGUCUACUAUUGCGUCGCUGGAAGUCGAUACGAAACAUUUAGAUUUAAUUGUAAAGUAAUUUUAAAAUUAGUGAAAAUUUCAGUAGAAGUAACAAUCAUCCCUGCCAAUGGUUCUUUAAUAAUAAAUUUAUAUACAUAACUGUGACAUACCCAAUUAAAAGUAGCUAAUUAAAAAUUUGCUUAAAAAUUUUACAAUUAUUUACUAGUUGAAAUUUAUAAUCAUAUACAUAGAUACAUAAAUACAUACGCAUGUGCAUAUGCAGAUAUGUCUAUAUAGUUGAACCACUGUUACGAAAAUAGAAAUUUAAUAACUUACAAUAAAUACAUUUCUAUGACCAAAUAUUAAGAAAAAUG